AUGCAAUUUGGCUCAGAGUCUCAAUUGGAUCGCGUGCAGCAAUGCUCAAUAGACAACUUGCACAAGGACCUUUACUUCCUGAAGAACGCACGUCCGAUUGAGGCGCAAGAGUUCCUUGAUAGACGUGACAAUCUAGCAAAGGCUUUGCACGUUUCAGGUGUUGAUGGGUUUGUCCUCGAGCCAGGGUAUUCGUUCCAGUAUUAUGCGAAUAUCUCUCAACCUCAAUGGGAGCCGUGGGAGCCAUCCGUCAAUAUCUCUACAGGAGAUGUGAAAGCCAAGACAUCCUUCCUCAGCCCACACUUCGAAGAAGGCAGAGUAAGGAUGCUAGGUAUUCCUUCCGACGGCGAACUCGACAUUGUUGUCUGGGAAGAACACUGGAAUCCUUAUCGUACGCUCAAGCAAAGUCUUUUCCCCGACAAGGAUGCCACUCUUAUGGUCGACGAAGAAAUCCGCGAUUUUCUGGUACGCGGGCUCGAUGCAAAUGGCUUCAAGACAGUGGGCUUGGGUGGUGAGGUUGAAGCUGUUCGCCAAGUCAAAACGCCUGCCGAAGUCGAGUUGUUGAGAGCUGUCAAUACAGGCACCAUCGAAGGUAUCAGGGCAAUGCGGCCAUGUCUGGAGCCCGGCUUGACGGAGAACCAGGUCAUCAAAAUCCUGGACAACACUUCAAAGACGAUUGGCUUUGAUCUAUUCUUCGACAUUGUGUUAUUUGAGGGUAAUGCAGCUUUACCACAUGGCGGCUUUGCUACCGGAGACAAGGUAUUGACGCAUGAAACGAUGAUCUUGAUUGAUGCUGGAUAUCACUACUUGGGCUACUCCUCUGAUGUCUGUCGAAGUUUUUUCAUCAACCCACCCAAAAAGUCUUUGCUUCAGCGAUUGCUCCAUUGCUCUGGACCAGAGAUCCAAAACAGUAAGCUCCACGCCGAAAAACUCAAGGUUUGGGACAUCGUACUCGAGGCCCAAACACAAGCAGCGAAAAUGUUUGUGCCCAACGCAACAGCAGCUAGCGUCGACCUCGCUGCCAGAAAAGUCAUCGAUGACGCUGGCUACAAAGGGACUUUUACACAUCGUCUUGGCCAUGGUAUUGGGAUUAAAGCUCACGAAUCUCCCUACCUCAACAAGGGCAAUCAUGAAACUCUUCUUCGUGCCGGGAUGGUAUUUACAGCCGAGCCGGGUAUUUAUUUGGAAAACAGGUUUGGAGUCAGACAUGAGGAUAUCUAUCUUGUCAAGGGANNAGAUGGAGAGGCGGAGGUGUUGAGUGGCAAGCGUGCUGUUUCGCCUUGGCAGCCUUGA